GCUUCUUUUGUCUUCACAAACAUGGCGCCAACUCCAGCAACCUACGGAUCUUGGAAAAGCCCGAUAACGGUCGAUGUAGUGGUGAAUCAAUCGAUUUCAUUUAAGCAAGUCAAAGUAGAUCCUUUUCAGGAAGGUAGGAGUUUGCGAAAUCUUUUUAAAACAAAUAAGUUCGGUCAUGUUUUUGUUUUCAUUCUUAGCACAUGCUGCAUGAGGUAGGCGCACAUGCAUGUUGAGUUCAGUGUUCGUUGUACUCGGCAAAUUGGGAGGAACAAAAGGGGUCUGUAGCCUCCAAUCUUUCCUCCUUUCUCGGAGAGGUUGUGUGCAUCGACUCCGUGAUUCUGUUCUGGUCUUGGCAAAAGCGAGCAUUCUUCCGGAGUUUCCGCCAUUGCGAUUUUGAGGCGCAAACCCGCAUGCUGGAAUUUUUUUUUUCAUCACGCUUGAAAGGUUCAAAGUUGCCUGGAACAUAUAAGAGAGUGCCAUGCAGGCUAAAUAUCUCGCAAUUCAUGUAUGUGUCAGGUGCCAAAUUAAUCAUUUUGAUUCAUGAAGAGGGGAGGGAGAAGAUUUGAGCGAUGCAAAAGAAACUAAUAAUUUUAUUAAGAGUCAGGACACAGUACCCCACUGCCAACAGCUCUUAACCUUGAUCCGUUCAAUAAAAUGAGCCCUUAACCUCAAUCACUGAAAGUCAACCAUGCAUAAUUCUGCAAACAUUCCAGCCGCGAACCCUCAUUUUCCCAUAGUGAACUUAACAGGAAACAUAUUUUUCUUGUAUUUGUAAUUUCAUAAAACUUCUUGUUUUUCCCAUGGCUCGCACGACUCAUAUGCUGCUCGCUGGCUUGCAGAUUGUCCAGCACCCUUUAUUAAGACGCUGCUGGGGUUAGAGGUCGAGUGGAGGGGGCUCUUGUAUUGCUUUUCUGGGUUUUAAAAUCCUCUGUGUCUUUUUAUGCUAAAGUUCAUUUUCCUGUUAAGAAAUAAAUGGCCUCACAUGUACAGCAGAGGGUGUUAACAUUUUAACCUCUGCAACAGAGGUAGCAGGUUCAAUACCCAGCAUUGCCCAUGUCUUUUUCAACAAAUAUAAUUCCUUUAUUUGGUACAGCAGAACUAACUUAUAACAAAGUAUAGAUUAUUUGUUGCCAGUAAUCAAGCAUACAUGUAUACCUGUUUCAGUGGGGGUAAACUGUGCAAUGCUAUUAAAGAAGAGCUAAAAAUAGCGAGUCGUUUUCGCUUUAAAAAGCUUUUAAAAGAAUCUGUCAUCUCCAAAUAUUGAUUGGUGUUCUUUAUAUGCAGCUAAUUGUGUGCACAGCCCUUUUUUUGUCGUGCUUCUUUGUUUAUUCGUUUGUGAUUUUGUCAUUUAUUACAUCUUAAAAUUUUUUCUUUGUGAGUUUUUGUGUGCAUUUGUUUAUAUAUAACAACUUUGAUAUCUAGUUACUUUUCUGCAUGGCCCAGCCACUCAGCGCAAUUAACUUUUGCUAUUUCUGAGUGGCUGUGCUCUCUUUCUUUCACAAUAUUAUUAUUUAACAGUUAAUGAAUGAGGCUGAGUAUCUUAUGAAGAAGGAGAGGUGGGAGAGGAGGGUGUUACUACAGCCUUGACGGAUAACACCCUCUGAGAUCUCCAUAAUUCUUCAUAUGAUACGAAAGCCAAAUUCAAUAACUGUUUUAUUAUUCAUUCAAAAGAAUUCCUAGUUUAAAAACAUAGCUAAAACAUGCUUACCUCCAUCGAUGUUCAGUUCAUCUUCGAUGGUGUACGUUUAGGUUUGUCCAGCUCCGCAAAUAUUCUCCAAAUAGCAGAUGUCUCCCUUCGAGUUGUCUUCUUGCUGUUCUUGCCAUGUUUUUAGCUAUUUUUUCGCCUAGUUCUUACUCUUGAAACGAGUGAAAUGUCCGCCAUUUUUUAAGUUCACAACCAAAACAGCUCAACCUCGUCCCCAGGUUCUUCUCGGUUCUUGUUGUGGACUAUAUGUUGUUGUCUGUUAUAAAAACAACAAGCUGACAACCUUCAUUUUUUAUGUGCUAUUGUUUUUUGGGUAAGCCUCCCAUGCAGCCAUUCUUCACUUUUUCCUUCCCCACAAACCUUUGCUGAAUUGAAAUAGAUGGCAUAAUAAUUUAAUAAAGAAAUGCUUUUCUUAGUCAAAAUAAUUCUCUGGAUCUGGUCAAACCCCAGACUGAUUGCUAUCAUCCCUGACAGUGAAGUUUUAAUUUUGAUAAGUCAACAACUAUUGUCGAUCAUUACAAAUGCCUGGGUUGCUUUCUGUAGAGUAAAGAAAUGUUCAUGACUUCGAUAACCAUAACCAUGCAUAACUGCAAAUAAAUAAGGCGUUGUCUUUGAUUUCAUGUUUUCCUCAGCUGGCAAAACAUGGGAUGGCCCCAAUCACCCAGGAUUUUCUUGACUUGUGCUAACUUGGCUUAAUGCUCCUUAACUUGCGCCAAAGACGUACAAAAAACAAAACAGUGCUGAAAUCCUUGUUUUGGGCGCCACCUGAGUACCAGGAUUUGAUUGGACUGUGAAAUAAGCUAUUGUCCAUUUGCCAGUCAGGUUGAAGGGAAAUUUGAAAGACCUAGAACAAGGAUGUCAGCAUUGCUUCACAGACACUACUAACCAGGGAGGGGUAUGUCUGUGACACAGGCCAAAGGCUCCUGUGACACCUCAGUUUAUUAAGAAGCUUUUCUUCAUGACAUUUUUUUUUUCACCUUUUUCCUAUUCAGACAAAGUGUUCUGGUCUGAAAUGUCACCUGAUAAAGGUGGACGAUAUAUCAUUCAUUCUUGGACUGAGGGAGAAGACGUCCAGGAAUUAACUCCAGAGAACUACAGUGCCCGAACGACUGUGCAUGAAUAUGGAGGAGGUGCCUUCUUUGUACACAAGCGUCGUAUUUACUUCUCCAACUUUGAAGAUCAACGGCUUUAUUGUCAAAAGUUAAAGAAAGGGGUUCAAGAACCAAUUCCUCUUACACCUAAAGGAAAAGAUUGGAGGUAUGCUGACGGUACCAUGUACAAGAAGCAUAUUGUAGUUUGUGUACGUGAAGAUCAUGAAGUGAUUGGUGGAGAUGUAAAGGAGGCUGAAAACACACUGGUAUCUAUCAAUCGCAAGACCAAGGAACAGUCUGUGUUGGUAAGUUAUUUGGAAUGAUUGAAAGCUCUUAAGAAUAAAAAAUUAGCAAAAAGAAAUUUAAUUUGAUUCACAGAUUGAGAUCUCAAGAUUCAUUUCUUUGGCUCCUGGGCAACCAAAAAAUCUUAGCUUUUUUCAUAGAAAUCAUAUGCUGGGCAGGUGGUUAAGGUUGUCCCAGGAUUAAGCCAAAUUUUGAGCAGGGUUUUCUUGGCUAAAAAUCAUGGAUUAGCACUAAUUGGCCUUUCAGGAAAUGGGCCCUGGGUGCCCUAGAUUUCACAGGUUCAGAAUACUGGGUUCCCUUCAAUUUUUCUCAGAGCACAUCCUUGAUCUGAUUUCUGUAAUUGGCAGGUAUCAGGAGCAAACUUUUAUUCCACUCCAAGGAUUUCAAAGCAUGGCACCUUGGCUUGGAUUGAGUGGGACCAUCCUAACAUGGUAAGCAUGGGUUAUAAAUUUCUUUAUUCUCCAGUUAUGAUCCCCACUAGCAGAGGUCUUUCAUGAGAGAAAGAAGAGAUAGACCUCUGCUGGUCCCUGAUGCAUUCUUAAAGCCGACCAGAUUUGUUGUCAAAACUGACUGGUUUUCAAAACCUGAGUUUUGUUUAUGUGGAAUGCAUGUGUCCUGUUGAAUCUGAGUGUCGGAAAUUUUGUGCUGAAUAAGACAAACUAACUCGAAGUUUUUGCAUUGAAUAAGACAGUUUAAGAUGGAAUCCACCAGGAAACUGAGUAAUUUUAAUUCUCAGGGGAUGAAAACCUUGUACCAGAAUUAUUUAAAGAAUAUUGCAUUCUUUUUUACAUUCUUCAAGGGCUAAAGAUAUAAUUAUCAGUCGUCUGUAGUAACACCAAAGAAAAUCUCUAAUGGGAGUCCGAGAAAAUGAAUGUCAAAUUACACAAGAAUUGUCAAAACACAGGUAAAAUUCUGAAAAUUUCAUUUGUCAGAUGUAUAAUUUUGUGAAAUUUGACAUGCAUUUUCUGGGACUCCCAUUAGAGAUUUUCUUUGGUGUUAUUGCAGAUGACUAAUCAUCUUUAGCCCUUGAAAAAUGUAAACAUGAAUGCAAUAUACUUUAAAUUAUUUUGGUACAAGGUUUUUGUCCACUGAGAAUUAAAAUUACUCAAUUUCCUGGUGGAUUUUGUCUUAAUUCAUAAUAUUUUGACGCUAGUUCUGGAUUGGUUACUUGAGAGCACUAAAACCUCUAAAUAUUGGCUUGUUGUACUUGUUUUGAUCUUUGCUUUUUAUUUGAUUUCUUUCCUCAGCCAUGGGAUAGCACUGAACUCUGGAUAGGAGAGUUGUCACAUGAUGGAAAUUCCCUCAAAGAUGGAACCAAACGAAAGGUAAUACUGUAGAAUUAUGUGUGCAGGGAGAUUUAAAUAGAUGUGCAGUGGUCAUCUUUCUGGGGGAGAAAGAUAGUGAGGAAACUAGCAUUUAUAAGACCAAAAUUAAAGUCAGGCACAAUGCAAUACAAGGUCAAUUUGAACACAUUACAAGAAAUCUGUAAUACAAAGAACCUGUGAGAACUGUCAGAGAUUGUGAAGGUAAUUUGAAAACUGAGCUUCAGCGCCUUAGAAUAUAGGUGAAUAUUGGUCAAAGGUAAGAGUCAUACUGCAUUAACAGUGAGUAAGAAUACAUAAAAAUGUGUCACAGUUUAUAUUUAGAUGGCUUUUUCUUUAGCUUGCACUCAUCUGCAUAAUGAGAAGCUGAAAAAUCAGGAAAUGACCAAUAAUAUUAUUAACAGGAAAAAUAUUGAAUAUUGACCCCAAUAUUGACCCCAAUGAUAAGAACCCAGCUAACUCGCACUAUUUUCGCUUCCCUUCAGGGUUCCAUACCCCACUUUGCAGAUACCUCAUUAUUACAGCCAGUUUGCUUUCUCCCUGGGGAAAGAAAGCCCUUUCAUUUUCUUUAAAUUCAACCUGCUAAAUUUGGACACUUUCUAUAGCGCCCUCAGUGUCCCUGUUAACAAGGUUUGGGUGAAUUUACAAAGCUCAGAACCAGUAAUUGAUAAAUAAAGGGAAACAAAUUUAUUAAUGGCUGUAAAACUUAACAUGUGUUGGCCACAAAUUAUUAUUAUAUGACAUCAAGUAGUUUGUCAAAAUGUCUCUUUAGUUUUUUGUCAGUUAUGUACUUUAGUUAUCUCUCAGGUUCUCACAAAGAAUAUCAGGGGUUGGGACUAACAGUGGCUGGGGACCUGUUUAACUUUUUGCCCCCUCUUCUCCCCUGCCGCCCUCCCCCUGCCCCCACACAAUGGGGGCUAAAAUAAGGCUGGGAUAAACUGAAGGGAACUGCUGUCUUCUCCUUCCAAUCUACCUAUGACGUGAAUCACAGGGAAUUUAUCAUUAAAACAGGACCCAUUUAGGGCCUUAUUUAAUGCAUCACUUCAAAUUAUUUGUUUAAAAUACAUUAUUACAUUUUUUUUCGGUACUGUUUUAAGUGUCGAUAACAGUUAAAAAGGCAUACAAGCCCCAUGCAAAAAACAGUGGGAAGGAAGUGCACAUAGGCGAUGGGGAAAAAGGACUAGCCCACAGUUAUUUAGGGGUGGAUCUUUGGAAACAUUCUUAUACUCUUGGACAGAUAUGCAUUGUUUAAAGUUUUAGACAAACCAGGUGUAAAUUUAUAGUAACAAACUGUUAAAUAUACAUCAGCAAGAUUUUUGCGUAUCCUAUUUUUCGCUGGAGGCUAUCGUUUACUGGCUGGUCACGCAAUCAAAGGUAACGUACUUUCCCACGUUUGUUUACUGACCUUUCGCUCGGCAAUACACCGCGUUCCACAAAGGAUCCAAAUUGCGCGAGAAAUGUUUUGCUAUUUGGCCCACGUUUUUGUCUCAGGUAAGAUCGCAGGUGGUGAAGGCAUCAGUGUCAUGCUUCCAAAGUGGUCACCAGAUGAUAAACUGCUGUAUAUUCAUGACACAACAAACUGGUGGAACCUUUACAAACUAGAUGAUCAAGACAAUGAGAUCAGUGUUUAUCCCAAGGAUGAAGAGAUCGGUGGACCUGCCUGGCAAUUUGGAGGCAGUCCUUAUUCAUGUAAUCCUGAUGGCAAUGGAGAAAUGUUGUUUAUUUAUGGCUCGGUAUGGUUUGUCUUGUCAGAAAUAAUAUUAUGAUCAAUUCUGUACCACUCCCUGUAGUUAUUAUUACAAAAUGAUAGUCCUAUUGGCAUUCAUUGCAUUGCAAUAAUUAUCUUGAAAUUUGCUUAAAAUAAAACAUUUCCCUGUAUGUACAUGUAUCAUUUAUAAGUGUUCCAAAAAUUAUGGACGAGAGAUUUGCCAUAAAACGUUUUUGUAUGAAAGUGAACCUGAUGAACAACCUAAGUGGCUGAAAAAGAACCUAAAAAAAAUCCAGACUUGACCAGGAAUCAACCCUGACCUUCGGCGUGAUGAUCAGAUGCAACACUCUGUCCUUUUAGCAAAUCAAGCUAACUGGAGAGCAGGUCAUUGUGUUUUGUGUAUUUUUCCAGAAUAUGAUCAGUUGAAUGCACGGUAAAUGACACUUCCUUUAAAACAUACAACUAUCAAUGCAUCUUUUGCCAGCAAGUCAGUCAGUGAAAUUCAAGCUCAGUUAACUAGUGGUCUAACUAACGUCCUAAGCUGGCUUCACGCUAAUUUUCUAAUACUUAAUCCUGAAAAUCUUUAGACCUGGCCGGUUUCAGGCUAUCAGUACUCUACUUACACACACUCAAGUCCUAAUCACAUUCACCAUUUAUUGCUAAAUCAAGGAACUUAUAUGCAUAUUAGUAGCUAAAUCAUAUGUGGGAAAAUAUGGAACGGAAUGCAUGUGGUUUCCUUUCUAGUAAACACCCUAAUUGAAUGAAAGCUUAAAGCACUAUUACACCUACAUUACUUACGAAAAUCCGGAACAGCUAUGUUUGAAUAAUAAUCCCAUCCUACACAAAAAUCCUACCAGUUAAAAGGGUGUAGCUUUUACUCUAUUCCGAUCGGAAAACACAUCUAACUAUUUGCUUUACACGAUGCACAUUUUUGCACGCUUGCUUACACAAUAGGGAUCAUAUUUCCGGUUCCUAUCAAGCUAGUAAUUGAUCUAUUGUUCUUUUGAGAUUAACAAGUCACGAUUCAUUGUACAAAGUGUCACGAAUUCUUUAACUUCACUACAAUACUAUAGUCUUGCCAUUGUUCGAUUACUGUUCGCCUGUCUGGGACAGUUGUGGGGUUGGGAACUUAGCUUAUCUAGAUAAGCUAAAUAGAUGCACCACAUGUAUUAUCGAAGGUUGAUCUGUUGGGGCUGAGGAGUUAAAAUCAACUCUUGGCUGGCCCAAGCAUGCAGAAACUAGUAGAGAUGCUCAGCGAAUUUCAAAUCAAGCUAAAGUGUCAUUUUAAACAGUAACGCUCACUGUACAUGUUGCCUUCGUAACUUAAUUAAUUUUUUAAUUUUAAUGUUUUAAUGUCUUUGUUUUUGUGUUUUGUCAGGGCUCCAUUUAAACUAGUUCUGCUAAAUUGGAUGCCCCUGGAUAAAGAUUGAUUUUAAAAAAAAUCUUACUUUGCCGCUCAUCUACUUCCUUCCAUGUCAUAAUUAAAUCAAAAAGUAAUAAUAUUAGAUGGAUAUAAUUAACAAUUAUUCCACGAGGGCGCGUUGGAUAUGAGAUGAUAGAUAGCCAACGAGGCGCAUAGCGCCGAGUUGGCUAUAAUCAUUUCAUAUCCAACAAGCCCGAGUGGAAUAAUUGUUUUAUUAAAAACGCCCACAAAAUCUCGUUGAAUCGCCCCGACUAGAACAAACCGGAAAAGACAAGGGACUUCCGCUAUUGACAUUUCACACGUCUAUCAAAACUGUCAACGCGCGAACCGGGCUCGCCUAGACUGCAUGAAUGAAAAAUCAAAACAUUGUGCGAUGAACAUUAGUUUUUUAAAAACUCAUCGUGAUUCUAGGAUUUUACACAGCAGAACAGCUUAAAAAACCUGGCAGAUAAUGUGAAGGAAAGGAAUUUUUAAGUAACAGCCGUCGAAAUUACUGUGAAUUUGGAUUUUCGGUGCAGCUAUAAAAGUAAGAACAACGGAGAAAAACUACCGGUAUUACCUCGGUCGCUUGUUAUGAAGUUGUUUGAAGCCACAAGCUGGUUUUGCUGAACGAGAAAAGAAGCUAUACUGCCGCCUCGAUUGCUCUAGUGAAUGGCAGCAUAGCCUGUAUUUGUAGCUGGUUACUUGUGAUUUAUAUUCUUGAUGUCGGAUAAACAAGCUGCAGUUAUCUAUCGGCGAGUGACUCAAUCGGCGAAUGGCUUCGCGAUCAUGAAGAAACAACAAUUGUCUUCUUUCGUAGCUGGUCAAGGUACUUUAGUUCCAUGAGUGUUCAUGUGUUUUUCGACAAACUUUCAAACAAGCUCUUGUGGCUUUUUUGUUUGUUUUUGUCUUUUUUCUUUCGUUGAAAUUGCAUUUCCAGUAUUCUAAGAAAUGAAUUAAAACGAUUUGCUUCGGGCGCCGUUCUAUCCUUCGCGAAAAAAAUGUCAGCUAGCUUCCAAUUUUAAACUGACGCGAACACCGACCAUAUAUGGAGAACAUGGUAUAUUAGCUCAUAUACCAUAACGGCUAAGCCAAUCAAAAUGCUAGAAUUGCAUUAUCCAAUGAUUCAGUUUUUAAUAAUAAUAUUUAUUUUUUCCAUAUUUCUUUUGUUCAGACCAUCACAUGUCUUAAACAUUCUGGUGAACAUCAAGAUAUUAAGCUGGAGAAAGAUUACAAGUCUUUCACCUUUCUGCAUUAUGAUCCAAAUGGAAAACAUGCCUACAUGGUAGCUGGAAGCCCCAGUCUCUUUACAGCACUUAUUAAACUGAAUGUCAAGACUGGUAAAACAACAGUAGUAAGAACUUCGCAUCCAUCAACAGACGAUAUUGAUCCAGGAUACUUAAGCGCUGAUCCUAAGAAGGUGUCAUGGGAUACCACCCUUGGUGCUAAAGCUCAUGGUUAUUAUUAUCCACCUCAGGUUGGUUGAUUUAUUUCAUUCUAUUUUCCCCCACUUACUUCUUUUAACAGAUCUCCUAAAAUAAAAUAAUAGCACGAUUUUAUAACAACAAACAAUAGUCCAAACUCAAAUUCUUCUUCAAAGUAAUUUGAUAUUGGAAUCAUUGUGCAGAGCUUCUAAAACUCAUUUGUUUUAUUAUUUAUUUUUGUCAGCUUUAUUGGUCUAAAUCUCUCUCUUAAUGAUAUAAACGAAAAAGGAAAAAGAAAAAAAUGUUUCUAUUUGUGAUUCUAGGGCAUAGUAUGUAUGCUAUGCCUAUAAAAUUUACUGUGGAGAAAUCACAUGAUAAUUUUGCCAAACACAGUCCUUUCUUUGUUUAUUUAUAACCUGGAAAUUUGACAUCUUUUUGAAUGCUGUAUUGAGUCUAUCAGAGGGCAUCUACUGCCUUCAUCAUCAGUGGUUGUGAGACAACUGAUAAUGAUUGACAUCUUAAAAGUCCUCAGUCGUUGUCCGUGGUCAUGAGGUGGUAAAUAAUGUCAAUAUUGAUUAGGAGUCAUCAUCGUUGGUUGUGAGGUGAUGAAAGGCAAUGAUUGAAAACUAAAUAGUCAUUGGCAGCCAUUGAAUGACAAUGUGACAUGACAUGUAAUGUGACACUGACAUGUAUAACAUAUUCUACAGAUUACUAUCAACGUCUUACUUUAUAACAUAACAAAAGUAAAUCGCGCGCUCUGAUUGGUCAGUUAGCCACUACCAUUUGCCCGUGGGUGCACGCUAAGAAACUGAGCUAGCGCGGUAAAAUUUAGGCAAAUUCAACAAAUCUCCUCUCCUGACGGUAAACUACACCGAUGAAAUGCACAGAUGAAAAGUGGAAGGUGAAGAAAAUACUAAGCUGUCGUUUUGAAGGAAAAAAGACAAAAGAUCAAGCGACAAAUUUGCCCUGGAUGAAUUAAUCACUGUUUUCCUCGAGGCUAGAAUCGGCUGGAGGAAAAUCGAGCGAGCGAAGAUUUGAGGUACAUUUUGUGUGUUUUUUUAUAGAGGAGAAAGUCUGUUUGAAAUGUAAAUUUAUCAAUUACCAUUGUGUUAUUGACUUUUUGGUCAAGCUGAUGCUAAAUUCAAGCAAAUAUUUUAGGAAACACACUCAAAUUCGAGACAGCUUUGUUGUGAAGUUUUCAUCGCAUCGAUCAACAAUUUUAGUUGAGUUUAAACGGGCACAUAACGCUAGAAUAAGCGAAUUUCAUUUGAGUACAGAAACAUUUGGGUUUUCAAAUAAAUUUUUCAAAAAAUAACUUCUGUGUGUAUUAUUUUGUUCCUCAGUGUUCAUUCAUAACAGUCUUUCAAAGAACAGUCGAAAAACAACAGCUUCAGCGCCGGCUGUGUGUCAGCGAAUUUCAGUUGACUUUCAUAGCUGGAUUUCCCUAGACAGAUUUCGAUACAGAGCUAGUUAAUUUCUUUUUAAAAUUAGUGUUACCUGUUAUUCUAAAGGAAUUACUGUCAAAUUUUCUCAUUUCUACUUAACGUUUAUUUCAAAAAUUGUCACAUAAAUAAGCUUGAUAAUUAUUUCAUUUAUUUAGUUUUAGCUUAUUUUUUAGAGUCUUUUUAGUUGGUGUUUAUACUUGCAGAUAUAGUUUUCCCUCAAAGUUUUUACCCAAAUAUUAAGAGCAAGUAGACAGAUGCCAUUCACAAUAACAACAAAAAACGUUUUGCAAUUUACCUGAAGACUGAGAACGGCUGAUUCAGCGAAAGAAAAACUCAAAGGCAAGUUUUGGAAAAACAUAAAACAUGAUUUGUUUACGCGCGGGCAGAUGGCAUCAUACAUGAACUCCGACCGAUGACUCAACUGAAGGCAAAUGGAAAACAAUGUUUUUCUCUUUUGAUUAUGUUAUAAAAGAAAUGGUAAACGUUGCAGCUGUGCAACCAUGGAGUUAUGGAUGCACUUGGGAGGAUUGCUAAGCACUCAAGAAGCUAGAGUCGCACUGGGCUAUCGCCUCGUGCGACUCUUACGCUUCUUUCAUGCUUAGCAACCUCCCGCGUGCAUCCAUAACUCCAUGGUUGCACGCUGCACGUUUACCAUUUCUUAAUUAGAAAGCUGGUUUACUAACUUAGAGCAAAUGCCACUGAAUCGUAGCCAACAGUUACCAGCGCCGUACAAACGACUUAUUGACGAGAUCAAGCAAAACUAACUACGAGAGAACGACUGGAGAACUGACAAUUGACUAACAAAUUACUGAUUACGAGUCUUCAUAGCCAAUAACAUCACGGCCUAACUGACAGACGACUAAUAACAUCGUGACGUAAUUGACCAAUCAGAUCAAUAACCAGAGUAUAAUACCAUCAACUAACAUAAUACAACUCACUUUGACUCUGAAGAUGACUACCACACAGGUUGUCGAAACAUCAGUCACUGUCAACAACAACAGUCCUAUUGAGGACUACGUUCACCUGGACGAUCAAACUCGACCUACUUUUAAGGUGAAGAAGAAUUAUGAGCACCAAAAAAGUCCUUUCUAUGAGAUAGCCUGAGCUGUACCACAGACAAACUAAGCCUCAGAUUAAACCCAUCUGUGAAUCAGCAACUAAAUCCUAAUUCUGAACCCCCAUAUUUUUGAUUGGCUAAUCAGUUAAAGGGAAAUUUGAGGUGCACCUCCAGUAAUUUGUUGAUUCUGUUAGUGGUCCAGAACAAAGUUCUUGGUGUUGCUUCACAGUGGUUACAACUAAGGCUAGUAAUCAGUCCUUUGUAAUAAUGAUGAUGAUGAUGAUUGACAGCCAUAUGACAUUUUGUUAUAUAAGAACAUUAUUUUUCUUGUCACUCAGAACAAAGACUUUGAAGGUCCUGAGGGUGAAUGUCCUCCUCUUUUGGUGAAGGUUCAUGGGGGUCCCACUUCAGCCUGUUCACCAUGUCUGGACCUCAAAAAACAGUUCUUCACCUCCAGGGGAUUUGCACUUCUUGAUGUUGAUUACCGUGGCAGCACUGGUUAUGGGACAGAGUACAGGAAUGCUCUGAAAACAUAGUGAGUAAACUUUGUGAUUUUCAUUUAUUCUUUUUAGUGGCAGGUCCAUUCAACUCUUCAUUAAUCCUUUCUUUUACAACCUGGCUUAUACAGCAAAAAAGGAGUGCAGAAAUUAAAUACACUCAUAUUUUCAAAGUAGUGGUACAGGAAACCACAGAUUAGAGAGCUGCAUCUGACUCCAGGUCUAGUAACAAGUACCAGCAAGGGACAAAGUAACAGUUUCCAGGCUGAAACAUGACCUUGAAAAUUAUGACCAGUUGACAAUGCCCACAAUGAAUUCCUGUUUUUAUGCCUCAUUUACACCAAAGUUUGAACAUGUAAGAAACCUGCUUAGCUAAACAUAGUUUAAAUUGUUUCCUUCAUUAAAGUUGCUUACUGACAUUUGUGUCUUGCAAUUUAUGUGUCAAUUACAGACAAUGUUGAAGUUUAUUUCAGCUUUGGGUAAAUGUCUGUGUUCCAGUUUUUCCUUUUUUGAAACCUGGUUUAACUAAACAUCAGUGAUUUUGUUACAAAUAGUUAUGGUGAGUCCUUGGACUAAUCUUGUGAAAAAUCAUGAGUCCCAGUCCAGAACCAUUGAGUCCCAGUUCAAAAAACAACGAGUUCUAAAUUGAAAAAUGCUUGGACCUUUAUGUAACUAGGUAGUUAGUUAAUCUGAAGACUGACUCGAAACCUCAAUGGUUGUCUUUAAACUAGGCUGUUAAGUAAGACUUAAGAGCUGCUAAGUUUUACUUACCCAAAAAUGGUGUGUGAAGGCAUAAGUAAAAUCUCAAGCAACUUUACUUUGCAUCUCAUGAAAGUCGGAAAGUUGAAACGAUUCAAGAAAGCUUCAAGUGACUUGAAGACCAUCUUUAAAACCGACUUAGCGCACUUGCGGUUUCUAAGCUUUGAGAAGGGCAAAACAUGUCAAUCAAUCUUAAUUAUGUUGUGUGGGAAAAUAGGCAUAAGUAAACCUGAAGUAAAAAAGAUAGGUUGUGUGAAGCCUUUUUUUACUUGAAGAAUUUAAAAUUUACUUGUCUUGAAAUAUUUCUUAGCAUAUUAAAUAUGCUAAAUUUUAGGCUCUCGUGUAAAGACUACCAAUAUCUCAGUUUACUGGAAUUAAAAUAUAGUCCUUCUGUUAAAGCACAAACAAGACUAAAAUAAGUGUACACCAUUAAACAACAGCCGCACAAGAACAGCCACAGAAAUCACAUGAACAGGAUAUUCUACAAAAACAUCUUCAGAUCACAGGAUGCGUGCCAUGAAUUUUUUUGUGUCUUUGUGGAUUUUUGUGUCAGGGACAUAGGAUGCAGAGGUAACAUACUCACUGAAACAUGUUUAGUUGGUGUGAAUUAAUGGGGCAUUAGAUAUUUUCUCCUUUGCCAAGUAAAACUAAGUUUUAACAAUAUAUUUAAAAAUGAGUCAACAACAAUACCAGCAAUGAACAUUCGCCUUAUCACCUAGUGUUGGUCGUAGACAUGGGACACAAGUAUGCUGAAUGAAAGAAAGCAGGGACCAAUUUGAGGUUUCCAUUUCAGGGAAGCAUCCAUCUUUUAGUGGUGUUAGUUAAGAGAGCCAAAGUUUACUGUACUCACGCUUGCAUUGUACAAUGAUACCACAUUCUUUCUUGCUGCUUAACGUUUUUGCCCUGCUGUCUUCCACCAUUUCUACCAUUACAGUAUUUAAUACACUGUUGUAGAGUUUAACAUAAUGUCUUGAUAGAUUGAUACACUGUGGGUUACUGAUAGCCAUUUAAGAAGAGAUUAAAAGUAAGGUGGUCCUUAAUGAACCUAGCAGUGCUUUGUCCGUUAAAGCCAGUACAUUUAUGUAUAAACCCAUUCUAACACUGAACAUACUUCUUAUAAACAGCUGGGGUCUUCUAGACAUUGACGACUGUUACAAAGGGGCGGAGUCUCUGGCAGAUCAAGGCAAAGCUGAUCGUGGUAAACUGUUCAUUGAUGGAGGUUCUGCAGGUGGCUUUGCUGCUCUAGCUUCCAUUACUUUCCAUGGAGAUGUGUUCAGUGCUGGAACAAGCUUUUAUGGAGUAUGCGACCUCACAGCUCUUGCAGCAAGUACCCAUAAGUUUGAAAGCCGCUAUCUUGAUACCCUGAUUGGCCCUCUUCCUGGGGCACAGGAAAUUUAUGAUGAAAGAUCACCAAUCAAGCAUGUUGACAAACUUGACUGUGCAGUGUGUAUAUUUCAAGGAUUAGAAGAUAAGGUAAGAGCUUUGGGUCAGAGAAAAAGAGGGCUCAUUUUUGUCGGUCUUCUGUGUAUUGUUACCUGUUGCGGAUGUAAAAUAAGAGCCUGUACCCUUUUUACCUUUAUUUUCCAGCAAUAGUCUGAAUUGGUAAUAAGUAUAAUAAACUUUAGAUAGAAUAUAUUCUUUAUAUCAUACUUAUUUGGCCAAGUUUCAUAUAAGAGGUUUGUAAUCCACAAUUUCUUUCUGUCACUUUUUACCAAUUUCAUCUCUUUACAUUGCUCUGUGUGUGCAUAAGCGUGUGUGUGUGUGUGUGUGUGUGGGGGGUUACAUCUGUGGGAAAGGGUGACGAAAGUCACAAAAAAACUAACAGCUGUAGGGUGGCGUCUUUCUCAAUCUUCAUGGUAAUUGUUGCUGACAUUUAAAUUUUUUUCAGGUCGUUCCACCAGAUCAGUCAAAAAUGAUGUACGAUGCAGCUAAAGCGAAAGGAAAUCCGGUGGCUUAUAAAACAUUUGAAGGUGACAUAAAAAAUGAUUUAAUUUGGUGAAGAAAUUUUUUUAUUGUGCAAUUACAUGGCAGGCUUUGCUUUGCAAAGGAUUACAUGCCUGAUCAUUUUAACUUCUCAGUGCAAAUCAGACAUUUGCAUGGAUGUGUCUAGGGAAGGGGAUUCCCUGGGGGCUGAAAUCCUCUUCUUAGCCCAGUAGCUCAUUUUUAUCAUGAAUUGAAUUAAAGGCUUGCAUUAUGAAUAUUUUUUGUUUAGUAAAAUCCAACUAGUGGUCUAUUUUCAAUGCUGCAUUCUGAUUGGUUGAGCUACUACUAAGUAUAGCUAAAUGUUAUAGCCCACUAGUAGCAAAAAGUGCCAGCUUUGGAAACCAAAACAAUGGCAUCUGAAUCGCGUUUUGCUAGAUAAAGUUGUUUUGUCUCGAUAUUUUUGACCAACUAGUUGGAUUUUACUAAAACAAUAUUAUUCCUCUUGCCCUCAUGGCCUCUGAGUCAAUAGCCCAUUCGGCCUCUGGGCUCAAGGAAUAAUAUUAUUGUUAAAUAAUACUCCUGUGGGAGUGAGCUACUGAUUCUCCAUGACCUAUGGACCUUUAUUGUACAGUGAUCUACACUGUCCAAUGAAGGUGUGCCUGAAAUAAUGCCCCAAGAGACUUCUAAUAGGAUGCCGGAUCAAAAUGGUGAAGAGUGAAAUAAGGGAAUGAUUUCAUGUGUGUUUUGUCUAAAUUCUAGUUAUUUCCAGAGCCUCUAGGUGAGGGAAAUUAUUAGAAUAAUUUGGACAAAAUGCAAGCGAAAUUAUUCCCAAUUUUCAAGAGUGUACCAUUUGAUUACUUAGUAAUAUCAUAGGGGACAAAUAAUAUUCCACUCACAAUUACACUGAUAAGGCUAGUCCUUAACUUUUGGCUUUAAGUUCACUAUCAUUUUCUAAAUUUUUCCACAAAAUACAUUCUUGAUGUGCUCUUUUGAUUGUUCAAGUUUUUUAAAGCAUCUUACCGUGACAUCUUCAUUCAUAACAUUUUAAAACCUUGACACUUUCGUGGCACUGAGACAUACAGAAUGUUGCCAUUUUAAUUUCACACGUUAAAUUAUUUAUUGCCCCUGAAAUUUGUGCCAAAAUCAAGGAGUAAUUUUUCCCCCAUGAUAUUAAAGGGAGAAUUUCAUCUCACAUCAGGAGUUACAAAACUCCCUCUUUUGACCAUAAACACUAAGGUUUAGUUAGGUUUCUAGGGAAAGUCAACCCUGUUCCAGAGACCCCACCUACUCCCUAGAUGAACUCUUUUAUUCUAACAAAACAGAGCUGUUUGAGUCCUAAAAUACUCCAAAACCUGAAGCUUAACGGGAGUAGGAACAGAUCUACUGGAAAGGUUAUCAAGCUCUCUUUUUACAGUUUGUUUUGAAUCGAGUCUAAAACCAUGCAGCUAUGUAGGGAGGGGGGGGGUACUCUAUAAUGGCCUAUAAAGGAAGGCUCCUCCUGAAAUGGGUAACUUUUUUCAGAUUACAAGUGUGGUUAGUAUUUCUUCCGGCGGUGCCUGAUUCUCCCUAGAUAUCAUUUGUUAACUCCAUUCCAGUGGUUUAAAAAUGGGAUGCAGAGUCUAGGGGAUGUUAAAGGGGUGCCAUAUUUCUUUGUGGAAGGUAUAUGAAAGAGGUACCUUUCCAGAGGAAAAUUGUACAUAGGGAAAGGGGUUUGGCCUCAGGGUGGAUCCUCACCGUAUCAAACAUUGUUAACUACCCCUUCUACCCCCCCCCCCCAAACACACCCCCCGAGCAGCUAUGCCUUGUGUAUUGAACUUUGAUUUAAAAAAAAAAAACUAUUUAAAACAAUUCAAUGAAGGCCUUUUAUUUGAACAAAUGCCUCUUUUUUAAAAUUUAUUUAAGGUGAACAACACGGGUUCCGGCAGGCAAAAAACAUCAAGUUCUCAUUGGAGGGAGAGUUGUAUUUCUAUUCCAAAGUGUUUAAAUUUGAUGCCCCAGGGAUUAGUGCAGAAGUAAUUGAAAAUGUAAGUUAUGCAAGAAACUGA